CUCACUUCUCACAAACUAUGAAAAAUGCUCAAGAAUAUACAAAAUUAGAAGCUUAAUCACCAAAGAACAGUGAAUUCUGCUGUUGAUUUCGAAAUUGUUUGGAAUCAAUGAGGUGUAGGAAGCGGUAUUGGGAUCAAUGGGCACCGAAUGAAAGAAAAACAAACAAAAAAAGGUUGUAAGCUUUAUAGUUGUAACUGUUACUUUUCAUUGUUUGAUUACUUGUUCAACUCAGCUAUGAGCUCAAGAGAUUGCUCUUUUGCUAAUUUGGUUUUUAGUUCACCAUUUUCUUGAUUUCACAUUGUGUUCUCUCCCUUGUUUUAAGAGUUUUUGACACCUCAAAAGGGGGAAGGUUCUAGACAAGUUUUGCCUAUAUAAGUUGAGUUGUGAAUUGUGGGUGUUCAAGUUAUAGUUGUGGGGUUCUUUCUUUUUUGUGAAUUUGGGGUUUUAAGCAUUUUUGGGGGUUCAAUUCUAUUGAAUUCUUGGUUUUUUCAACUAUUUAGUUUGUGGGUGUUUGUGUUUUGGUCUAAGACAGCUUGUUAAGCUGUUGUUAUUCAGGUAUAAACCUAAAAUGCUCAAUUGGGGUUGUGAUUGAAGUUUUAUGGAAGAUCAGUUUCUCUGAAGUUUAGCUUUCAGCUUGUGUUGUUGUAUAACUGAGGUUUUCCAUCUUGAGCUUUGAAUUAUGCUUAGGCAUUGUGUUUUUUUUUUUGGUGUUAGAUUUCAUAUCAAACAUCAAACCAUUUUGAAGCUGAGUUUUGAGGUUUUGCUUUGUAAAUUCAUGUUGUGUUAUAAUGUUACCAGUUUCCAAAACAAAAAAAAGCAUGUUGUGUUUUCUUAGCAUUUUCUUUAAGAGUUAUGUUGUUCCUUUGUUGGUAUACCUAAGGUUUUCACUCUUGAGAUUUGAAUUAAGCUUCGGCAUUGUGUUUUUUUGGUGUUAGAUUUGAUAUCAAACCAUUUUGAAGCUGAGUUUUGAGGUUUUGCUUUGUAUAUUCAUGUUGUGUUUUCAUGUUACCAGUUUCAAAAAAAAAUCAUGUUGUAUUUUUAGCGAUUUAUGAUGUUCCUUUGUUGGUAUAACUGAGGUUUUCUAUCUUGAGCUUUGAAUUAAGCUGAGGCAUUGUAUUUUCUUCAUAUGAGAUUUGAUACCAAACCAUUUUGAAGCUGAGUUUUGAGGGUUUUCUUUGUAACUCAUGUUGUGUUUUUAGCAUUUUCUUCUAGAUUUAUGUUGUUCCUUGUUGGUAUAACUGAGAUUUUCCUUCUUGAGCUUUGAGUUAAGCUGAGGCAUUGUGUUUUUUUCUUCGGUGUUAGAUUUGAUACCAAACCAUUUUUAAGCUGAGUUUUGAGGUUUUUCUCUAAAUUCAUGUUGUGUUUUUAGCAUUUUCUUUAAGAUUUAUGUUGUUCCUUGUUGGCAUAACUGAGAUUUUCCAUCUUGAGCUUUGAGUUAAGCUGAGGCAUUAUGUUUCUUUUUGGGUGUUACAUUUGAUACCAAACCAUUUUGAAGCUGAGUUUUGAGGUUUUGCUUUGUAAAUUCAUGUUGUGUCAUAAUGUUACCAGUUUCAAAAAAAUAAAAAUCAGCUGACACAUAUUAGUCUCAAGACAUUUUGUUCUUUAGAUUACUCUUCUUUUCUCUUUUGCCCAUUUGUUUUUUAGUUGAGCAUUUUCUUGGUUCCACAUUGUAGCUUUGUGUUCUUUCCCUUUUUGUCUGUGCUUUUAACCCCUCAAAAAAGUGAAGGUUCUAGAGAAGUUUGGUCAGAUUUGUAUGAGUUUUUCUUGUGGGUGUUGAAGUUGUAGCUGUGGGGUUCUUUACUUCUUUGUGAAUUUGGGGUUUUAAGCAUUUUCUUGGUUCAAUUCGAUUGAAUUCUUGGUUUUUUCAACUAUUUAGUUUGUGUGUGUUUGUAUUUUGUUGUUUCUUGAAGGAACUGAUCACCAGUAGUUUGGUCCAAGACAUUGUCGGCAGCUUCUUCAGCCGUUGUCAUUCAGGAUGACUUCAGAAGUUGGCAUAGAUUCGACAUCUGUUAAAGAAGCUAAUGCUGGAAGAAAUAUAAGAGAAGGUAGCCCACUGAAAAAAGGUCCUUGGAUUAAAGCAGAAGACGCGAUUUUAAUGGAUUACGUUGCAAAGUAUGGGGAGGGGAAUUGGAGUUCUGUCCACAGGCGAACAGGACUUGCUCGCUGUGGGAAAAGUUGCCGUUUGCGGUGGGCAAAUCACCUAAAACCAGAUUUAAAGAAAGGUGCUUUCACUCAGGAGGAAGAGGAACUCAUAAUUGAAAUGCACGCUAAGAUAGGAAACAAAUGGGCACGAAUGGCUGCUGAGUUCCCUGGCCGCACAGACAAUGAUAUAAAGAACUUCUGGAACACCAGACUAAAGAGACAACGGCGUGCAGAAAAACAUAUGCUCCCUCUAGGUGUUUUUUUCCAGGAAUUUAGUGAGGACAAACAAAAUAAGGAGCUGGCCACAUCAUCCUCUGCAAAUUCAGAUCCUCAUCUCUUACCUAUUAACAAUGUUGAGAUUCCAACUGCGGAAAACAGAAAUUUUGAACCUAGUCAGCAGUUGUAUCCUCCGGGGCUUCUUAAUAUUGGUUUUAGUAGCUUUCUUGAUACUCCUGCAACUAGCUUACGUGAUCAGGGUCUUAAUUCUUCCUGGAAUACUCAUUCUGUCCGCUCAACAGUUCAUUCAUCCAAGCGUAUACGAGGAUCAGAAGCCUGGUUCUCUGAUCAAAAUGUUGACCUUUCUCAAGCUCACCAUCAAUAUCAAAAUGAUGGUUCUUUGUUUACUCAAUCCUUGGGGUUUUCUUCGUUGUAUACUCGUAAUCUGACAUCUAAUUAUCACCCAUCAUCCGCCGGUGACAUUCCUGGCAUCCAUGCCUCUUCUUCAGAGCCCAAAUUGAAGGGUAAGCUGGAGCUCCCUUCAUUCCAAACUCCGAUGACGAGUUGGGAUUCACCUUCCUCAGUUCCUUCAAUUGAGUCCUCCAAUACUUUUAUUCAAUCUCCUCCAAAUGAGUAUACUGAUUCUUACAGUCUGUCACCCCAAAGCAGUGAUCUAUUGCAUGCCAUACUUUAUGGAUCACAAACACCCAACGCUUCAAGGAAUAAUUCACAUCAAGAAACUUCUCGUGAUGCAGGUCCAGAUUCUUGUCCUGUUCUCCAAGAGAUUCAGUGGGGAACUAACCCUGAUGCAAUCACCCCUUCAGGUCAUACUAUUACAUCGGUGUUUAGUGAAUACACCCCUAGCAGUGGAGGUUCAUUGGAGGACCACCAGUCAAUAGCGCCUUUGAUGGGAUGCAAUAUUAAUCAAGAGAUGGCUAACUUCACUCCCACUGCUGGGAAUGAUGAUACAUCAAACCACGAUUUGUUUUCCGAGACUGAUAUGUACUUUUCUUCAACUGAUUGGGCUCACGACAAAAUGGAGUAAGAACCAUAUCAAAUAUGCUUUUGGGGUCUGCUCCUUUUUUAUGGUUAUAGCAGGGACUGCAAGAAAGUAGCUAACUGAGUAGCCACAUUAUCCGUUGAUGGACGUGAUUGUUCUACCUCAACUAGAGCAUGAUUUCCAAACAUAAUUUUGAUAAAAAUGUAACUUCCUCCGCUUACACAGCAAUACAAGACAAUGUAUCAUUGUGUCCUCUGUAAACCUUUUCUGUUGUAAGAACAUUGGUCUUAUUAGUUAUAGCUUGUAAAACUGUUAGUCAUCUUCAGUACUGCUGAAGCUGGUUUUCUGGAUAUAAAAUUCAGUUUUGUUGUACUGAAUUGA